AUAUCAGCGCAAACCUUCUACAGCCACUUUCCUGCAGCACCUGUCAGAGUACAAUGGCUCAACUGGUGAGCCAAACACUUGGGUGGCAUCAGGUCCCAGAACAAGCAGGGAUAUUUAUGACUUUAAUAAGCAGAGUGAGAUAUCAUCAAUCACAAAUUGUCCUACACAAACCAAGUUAUCUCACAGAGAAUUAACUGACUACAUUGGUGAAGUGAGAAAUCUUGUACCAACAGAAAAACAGAGAUCAGAUAAGGGGAGGAAUACAGAAAGAAACAAAUGUGCACAGCACGAAGGAAAUACAGAAAGUGUUUUCCCAGUAGGAUCAUUUAUACAGCCUCUAUCCUACAUGGCACCACCAGCAUACAGCUCCCCGAAGGAUGGUGACGAGAUAGCAGGAAUACCGAAAGUUACUAGAGAGGCAAGUGUGGAAGCAUUUCAGGAGCAAACAUUUGAGAGCAGAAAAGUAUACUUUACAGAUUUGGCAGAAACACAUUGUGAUCUUUCAUCAAACAAUGAACAUUAUUUACAAAACAAUAACCAGACACAGAACACAGAGAGUCAUCGCAGUGAUAUCACGGGUGGACUACACUGUCUGGAAACCUUAAAUACAUCCACUGUCAUGCAGUACACAACAACAAACACAAUACCACCUUCUCCACAAGCACAGCUACAGUACCGAGGGUCUUCACACAUGACCCAUCCUGAUAUUACUCAAAAGAAGCAGACCAAACUUACAAGAAGAAAAGGUGGCGAGACUAUGUUUUGUCUAGUCUCUCGUAUGGGAGAAGUGUCAGGCUUGUCCAGUUCUCCAGAGGAGCCACUUAAAUCCCACGUGUUACCUCUGUUAACUGACUGCAAACCUGAUGACAAGACAAUCACCACUGAGCAGAUAAAUUCACCUCAGGGCAAUGAUGACAGCAGACAAAAUCAGGAUGCAUACUUGAAGAAGGACAAAGCUGUGGGGCAGUUCAACGGAUCCUUAAUGUUUGGAGAGUAUAGUCAUACACCCCUAGAUCAAAGAUCCAGUUCUAUUCAGGAUUUGAGUAAUGUAAUAAAACCAGAUGAAAGUAAAGAAGAGUUGCAAUGUUAUGUCCAAGGGAAUGACUCAGAGUCAAACUGUUUAGCCCAGAAGUCACCUAUGCAGACAGACGGACAUGAGAAACCAUGUAGGGAAAUCAUAGAGAAAUUCCCAUUGUGGAAAGAGCCAAAAUAUCAGCAUCACUCGAUGGGUAUGACAGAGCAAAAAAAUGAGCAAAGCCAGAGGAUCAACAAUGAGUCAAACGUAACUAACAAAGAGGAUAGCAACAACACGACAAACGACCAGCAGAGUCUUUUGGUCAUUGAUGCAACCUGUGUUGUUGUCAAGGUUGAGCUUGUACUUCUUCCAGAGAAGGAACAUGUCCAGUAUGUGUGUUUGACAGAAGAGAGUCCUUUGCCAAGUACUAGGGAGGAGACUGAUGUGCAAAAGCAGCACAGCAGUGACAUCUCAAGCCAGGAGACUCCUGAAAACAAUGCCUUGGACAAGAGAGUAGAAGGGAUUCUUGGAAUACCACAUGAGUAUCCCAGGACAAGUGCACAGACACACGAGAGCAUUUCAAAAGAUCAUGACAGUUCCUGUGAGAGUCACAUAGUGAAUCCAAUAAAAGAGUUUGAGGAAUCUCCAUCAGUAGCUGCAAUGAUUAAUGACAGGCAAUCGCUGAGAAAUGAACCUAUGGUGGGACAUCCCUGGAGUGAGACAACACUGGAGAAUAAUGAAAGUGUAGAGGAAACGCUCAAUAUUAUGAAAGUGGAAGACCAAAUCCCUGCACAAGAACCUGAAGCUGUGCUUGAAGACUUUGUGGCUUUAACAAAUGCAAAAUCCACAUCUGACGUUUAUGGGAUCCAAUCUGAAAAGACCACCAUACAUAUGAAUCAAUCCACAGAACAAGGAAAUGCACCAGCAUUGGAUGACAGUGUGGAUAAGUACAGUACACAGAAAGAUAACGAAAACCAUCAAAAUGAUACUUCUAAGGACCUUACCAAGGAUAGCUCAACAGAAAACAACCUCUCCGAUGAAAGAGAUGAUAAGCGAGUACUUGUUUGGGAUUGCUCUACACCCUUCCUUAGGAAAAGUGCAGAAAAUUACAUCAGAGAAUUUGAAGAAAGCAUACACAAAGCUGUUUUACCUUCAACUGUGGGUUGCAGUACUCUCAGAAGAUCAAGUUCUUCACCUCAUUUGUCAUUUACCUCUACUUCCAACACAUUGGAUGAAUCAAAUGUAUCAGCUACUUCUGUGGUUUCUCACACAGAGAAUGAACCACUGUUGCUUCCAUCUUUUACUAAUACAGAAACCACUGUGUACUCUGGUUCUCCUAGUGUUCAGUCAAGAUGUACAUCCUCACUUCCCUCUCCUUCAACUCCAGUUCCAGAUGCUUUUGAAAAUCCAUCUCUCCCACAGACAAGAAAUGUUUCUUCUGAUGUUUUACUCUGUACUUCAUCACCCCCUGAACACAAGCAAAAAAUCCAACAUGCCAAGUCCCUGUGGGAUGCGGUAAGUCGCAUAUGCAAACACACUGCUCCCGACUCCGAAACCGAGGAAGAGGAGAUGGUUGAGUUUAGGAAACAACCUGAAAGUGCAGACACUGACUUGCUUUAUCAGAGACUGAACACAGAAGAGGAAGAAGAAUUUGAGG